GUCACCAAGAAGCCUACUAGAGCCAUCCGUGCGGAGCAAAUGCCUAGGCCCCAUCCUUCUCCCGACUAUGAGCUCAAGUACCCACCGGUCAGCAGUGAGAGGGAACGCAGCCGCUAUGUUGCAGUGUUCCAGGACCAGUAUGGAGAGUUCCUGGAGCUCCAGCAAGAGGUGGGGUCCACACAGGCAAAGCUCCAGCAGCUGGAGGCCCUCAUGAGCUCGCUGCCCCCACCCCAAAGCCAGAAGGAGGCCCAAGUUGCAGCUCGUGUCUGGAGGGAGUUUGAGAAAAAGUGGAAGGACCCUGGCUUCCUGGACAAGCAGUUGCGCUGUCGCUAUCUGAAGGCCAAACUGAGGCACCUCAAGACCCAGAUCCAGAAAUUCGAUGACCAAGAGGACAGUGAGGGCUCUGUGUACUUCUGAGUGUCCUGGAGACUGGCAGCAAGACCAGGGUAGGGAUCCCUUGGUUCUCUUGCCCGCCUGGCGGCCUUUGGACUUGCCUUUCUCCCCUCGCCUGGUGAGCCUUGGCUGAUUGCAGGCUCCGCGGUCAGCCUUAAUGGCCCCUCUCCCAGGACCUCCCCUGGGAAUGCCAGCCCUGACUUUAUGAGGACUGAGACCCCAGGCCCCUCAGCGGAAGCAGUGCUGCUCUCGUCCCACCGUCCUCCCGGGGGAAUAAAGGGGGAUCAAAGCCCUUCUGUCUCCAA